UCAAUAAAACCCUUCUUCUUCAUCGUCGCCAUCGCUCUCACACUGCAAAUCCCUCAGCGUCUCCAAAUCCAAAUCCAAAUCCAAUGGCAUCGUUGAGAGCAUUUCUCGUAGUUUUAAGUCUUUUAUUUGCCAUUUUCUCCGUUUCUGUUGUUGUUGGUGAGGCGCAAUCCCUCUCUCCUGCCGCUGCUCCUUCUCCUUCCAGUGAUGGAACGGCCAUAGACCAAGGGAUUGCAUACUUCUUGAUGCUUGUGGCUCUGAUCCUCACAUACCUCAUUCACCCCCUUGACGCCUCUUCCUUCUUUUGAUUACUUUGUAUCUCUCACUUUCUUAGUUAAUUUUAACAUUUUUAUCCCUUUAUGGGCUGCCAAAUUAUUUUUUGGUGGCGUUAAUUUUCAUAUUGA